AUGGGCCUCAAAUAUCGCGCAGAGUCGCAUCCGGAUAGCCGCGCUGUCAUGUUCGAGGCGAAAAAUUAUAGUAAACGAAAAAUCAAAGAUCUCUUGAGCACCCUUGCCGGAUUCAAGACCUGCAGCGAUCUCAUUGAGUUCUACGGAAAGAUACGACUGAACGGAAAAGGAACCCGAUUAUUAGACAGUUGCCUCGGUUCCGGAGGAAAUGAUCUUGCCGCUCAUUUAGAUCAUUUUGAGAAGUUAUUCAAUCAUAGUGUGGCAGAGAAGGAAGGAAUGAUCAUUCCGGAGAAGGGACAAGACGAAGAAUACGAUGAUGCUUGUCGCGCCGUGAAUGAAGCUACACAUCAGUUAGACGUGUAUCGAAGGGAAACAGAGGAGAAACUGCACUGCAAAAUAACCUUCUUUGGUACUGGAAAUAGGCGAUUCCAAAUGGAGAUAUCAGAAAACGUCAGCGUUCCUCGUUACUUUGAAUUGAAAUCUCGUCGAAAGGGCUAUAAACGGUACUCUACUGAAGAACUUGAUGAACUCAUAGAAGAACUCAGGAAAGCUGAAGCUCGCAAGGAAAUGUUACGAGAGGAUGGAACGCGACGAGUGUUCUCUGACUUUGACACAAGGAGACAAGUGUGGUCAGAUGUGCUAAAUCGUAUUGCCCAAGUGGACGUCCUCCUGUCGCUGACACGGUAUUGUCAGACUUGCGGUCUAGCUUUAUGCCGGCCUGAGUUUGUAUGCGAUUCCGAAGAGCCUAUACUAUCAAUAGAAGAAGGUUAUCAUCCUUGCCUGGCAAUAAAACUACCUACAAAUGAUGCCACAAGUGCUUGCUCAUAUAUAGCAAAUGACUCACAACUUGGGGGAGGACGUCCGCGAACUGUACUUCUAACAGGACCGAAUAUGGGUGGAAAGUCUACUUUGAUGAGACAGGUUGCCGUGUUGACAGUACUGGCGCACAUGGUCAGUCGACGUUUUUCGUUGAGCUUCGGGAAACUCUGGUUAUCCUGCGGAAUGCAACGAAGCACUCCUCUUGUGCUUAUUGAUGAGCUCGGGAGGGGAACUAGCACAUUUGAUGGUACAGCAAUCGCUUCAGCUGUGCUUUCUGACGUUUCACGCCGUUUGCAGUGUCGUUCAUUUUUCUCUACGCAUUAUCAUUCCCUUUGUAAAACUGCAGCGGUCAAUCCGAAUAUUGCAUUAGCUCAUAUGGCAUGCAUGGUGGAAAAUGAGAAUGAGUCUAACCCUACUGAAGAAUGUGUAACGUUCCUCUACCGUCUGACUGAUGGAGUUUGCCCGAAAUCGUAUGGAUUCUUCGCAGCACGAUUGGCUGGAGUAAGGCCAGAGGUAGUAAAGGAAGCGUACGAGGCGAGUCGGGUAUUGUUCGACUCAGUGAAUCGGAAGAAAAUGGCGAUCGCUUCGAUCAAAGAAGUCGCACGCGGAGGAGGAUCCAUUGAACAGUUACAUUGUGAAUUGGAUGAUGAUGAUUGUUAA